AUGUCUCGGCAGUCUGUCUGCAGAAGCUUUGGAGGCGGGAGUAGAAGGGGCUACAGCUCUUGCUCUGCCAUCGGUGGUGGCUUUGGAGGAGGUGGCGGCAGAAGCAGGAGCAGCUACAGCUCGUUCUCCAUGUCCAGGGGAUAUGGAGGCGGCGGCCGUUGUGGAGGGUUUAGCAGCAAGAGUCUCCAUAACAUAGGUGGCAGUGGAAGGAUUUCCAUGGGUGGAUGCUAUGGCGGUGGAGGAUACGGAGGCAGAAUGGGUGGCUUUGGUGGAGGCUAUGGAGGAGGACUAGGCAGCUUUGGUGGAGGAAUGGGCGGAGGAGGAAUGGGUGGCUUUGGAGGAAUGGGUGGUGGUGGAGGAAUGGGUGGCUUCGGUGGAGGAAUGGGUGGUUACGGUGGAGGAAUGGGUGGUUAUGGUGGAGGAAUGGGCGGUGGAGGAAUGGGUGGUGGAGGAAUGGGCGGCUUUGGUGGACCAGGCUUUGGCAUGCCAGGCUUUGGUGGCCCCGGUAGAGGUGGCCCUGGAAUCCAGCCAGUGCAGGUUGACUCAACCCUCCUACAGCCAGUCCAUGUUGAGAUUGAUCCCCAGAUCCAGCAAGUCAAAAACCAGGAGAAGGAACAGAUCAAGACUCUGAACAAUCAAUUUGCCUCUUUCAUUGAUAAGGUCCGCUUCCUGGAGCAACAGAACAAGGUCCUCUCCACCAAGUGGGAGCUCCUCCAGCAGCAAGGGCCUUCGGGGCCGAGGAAGAACCUUGACGUCAUCUUUGAAAAUUACAUCCAGAACCUGAGGAGGCAGCUGGACUCAAUCUUGGCACAGAGGGGACAGCUGGAGUCGGAGCUGCAGAACAUGCAGCAAUACGUCGAGGACUACAAAACCAAGUAUGAGGAAGAGAUCAACAGGCGCACAACUGCUGAGAACGAGUUUGUGGUGCUCAAGAAGGAUGUGGACAGUGCCUACAUGACUAAAGUAGAGUUGGAAGCCAAGGUGGGAGCUCUGACCGAUGAAAUCAACUUCCUGAGGUCCAUCUACGAGGAGGAACUGGCUCAGAUGCAGACCAUCAGCCGGGACCUGUCCGUGGUGGUGUCUAUGGACAACAACCGGCACCUGGAUCUGGACAGCAUCAUCGAGGAGGUCAGGCGCCAGUACGAGCAGAUCGCUCAGAGCAGCAGGGCUGAAGCUGAGGCUUGGUACCAGAGCCAGUACGAACAGCUGCAGAGCACUGCUGGAAGGCAUGGGGACAGCCUCCGCAACACCAAGAUAGAGAUCCAAGAGUUGACCAGGAACAUCCAGAGGCUGCGCGCUGAGAUUGAGAACGUGAAGAAGCAGAACCAGCAGCUGCAGGCAGCUAUUGCCGAGGCCGAGGAGCGGGGUGAGAUGGCCCUCAAGGAUGCCAGGGUAAAACUGGAAGAGCUGGAAUCUGCCCUGAGCAAAGACAAGGAGGAGCUGGCUCGCUUGCUGAAGGAGUACCAGGAGCUGCUGAACAUCAAGAUUGCGCUGGACGUUGAGAUUGCCAUGUACAGGAAGCUGCUGGAGGGAGAGGAGAACAGGCUGUGCAACGAUGGCAUGUCCAACGUCAAUGUCUCUGUGGUAGGCAGGACCACCAUCUCUGGAGGCAGAGGAGGCAUGGGAGGAGGCUUCGGAGGUGGCAGCGGCAUGGGAGGAGGCUUCGGAGGCGGCAGCAUAAUCGGAGGAGGCUUCGGAGGCAGCAGCGGCAUGGGAGGAGGCUUCGGAGGCGGCAGCGGCAUGGGCGGAGGAAUGGGAGGAGGCGUAUGUGGAGUAGGAGGAAGCUUGGGAGGAGGAAGCAUGGGCGGCAGCUGUGGAAUGGGAGGAGGAAUGUACAGCGGUGGCUUCUCUUCUGGAAGUGGAAGGAUGUGCGGCUCUGGAGGUGGCAACUUCAGCUCCGGCGGAGGAUCGUCCUCCGUACGGAGGUGUGUCACGACCACCUCCAUCAAAUCUUCAGGAGUGAAAUUCUGA